AUGUCCGAGCAUCAGAUCGUUGUCAUUGGCGCCAGCUUCGCAGGCCUCACGGUGUCCCAUAACCUGCUCAAAGAUAUCAUUCCUGCCAUCCCGAAACAAAAGUUCAAGGUCGUCCAAGUCGCACCCUCGGACCAGUUCUAUUUCAAGAUUGCUGCGCCGCGAGUUCUGAUCAACCCGCAGUCGCUGCCCCUCGAGAAGGCCCUCAUCGAUUUCAAGAAAACCUUCAGCGGAUACAGCGCAGAGCAAUACCAGUUCAUCAAGGCAUCCGCUACCUCGAUCGAUCCUGCCACCAAGACUGUCAAGCUCAGCAAUGAGUCUUCAGUCAAGUACGACAGCCUGGUCAUCUGCUCCGGCACUUACUUCGAUAAUGACCUAUGGUCGACAGCCCGAGGAGAAGAACCCUUGAAGGCCGCCAUCAAGGAUCUCCACGAGAAGCUUCCCAAGGCCGAGACCAUCGUCAUUGGUGGUGGUGGUGCAGCCGGCACCGAGACCGCAGGCGAGCUGGGCGACCUCUAUGGCUCUAAGAAAGACAUCACCCUAUAUUCGGGCACAUCCCAGCUGCUGAACAAUCUAAACAACAAGGCGGUGGGCAAGGAUGCAGAGCAGCGCCUGCUCAAGCAGGGUAUCAAGGUCCAGCACAACAUUCAAAUCACCUCUCACCGCUCUGAAGGCGGUAAAGAGGUGUUGCAGCUGAGCAACGGCGAGACCAAGACGGUGGACGUCUACAUUGGCGCUGUCGGCGAUAGACCCAGCACCAGCUUCGUGCCCAAAGAGUGGCUCGACGACAAGAACCGAGUCCUGACCGACCCUCAGACCCUGCGCUUGAGUGUGGAUGGCGUCAGAGGCGUUUACGUCUAUGGUACCGCUGCCAGCUACUCUAACGGCUCCAUCGCCGACGUUAUGUUUGCGAAGAAGGCUAUUCUGGAGACCUUGAAGAACGAUCUGGCCGGCAACGAACCCGCCCCGCGGACCAAGAAUGUCUACAAGAAGAUCACCAGCGACAUGCAAUUUGUGCCUGUUGGGUCUACACAGGGUGUCGGUAUUGCUUUCGGCUGGAAGGUGCCCAGUUUCAUGGUCAAAAUGGCCAAAUCCAAAGACUUCAUGAUCGGCAACGCUUCGAAGGUCGUCGCCGGAAACUCCUAG